AUGUCUUCCCUUUACUCUGACUGCUCCGCCAUGUCAUUUAGGACGAAGGCCAGAUACAUCGAAGCCACAGUGGCGUCCUCAACAGCCUCCUUUGCAGCCUCAAACGCAGCAACCAAUUACGCUACGGCAACAACAUAUAUCCGGACAGCGCUGGAAGCAAUUGCAAAGACUGCAACCGGCCGGAUGGAUGCCGAAUCCUGUGCGGCUGUCCUAGGAGGUUGCCUUGUUGGAGCGGAAACCGCUGCGUCAGAGGCCGCAAAGGCAGCAGAGAAUGCGCGCGCGGCUGCCGUGAUCGCCGAAGAGGCUGCCUCGGCUGCUACCGAAAUUGCCUAUAUCAAUGUAUCUGGAUGGGCUUUAAAUGAAAGUUUCUCCGCGGGUACUGACAAUAUUAGUGUCCUCGAUGAUGAGGAGUUCGAGACGGAUAGCGUGCUUGCGGAAUGGACCGCUCUCAAGGCUGACUGGGCCAAAUAUCCUGGAGAAGAAGAGGUUGAAGAUGAGGAUAAUGAGUACGAUACUCCGUGUAGUACAGGGAGCUACGCAUCUCUUUACACGCUUGCCCACGACGAAACAAUCAAGGCGCAGCACCCCGGCUUUAUCGUCAUUGGAGCCUCUGCGAAACCUUCUUUCUCCAAAGAUUAA